GGGGAAUUGGCACAAGGAGAGAGAAAGUGACACAGAGAGAGAGAGAGAGAGAGAGAGAGAGAGAGAGAGAGAUAGGGGGAGGGUGGGAGAGGAGACCCUGACCAAUGCCAAGAACAAGAAGAGAUCAGUGAGAAGGCCAGGCGAAAAUCCCCACCGGGCGAGAGGAGACGAGCUCCGGCCUCCUCCGAGAACAAGAACAAGAAGGAAUCCCGGAGCACGAGGGAAGAAUAAAGCGGGCGGAGGAGACCGGAAAGGCCGAGGAGAAAAAAGCUCCGGCGAUGGAGAAGGGGAUGGAUCCGGCGCUGCUGGACAACAUCAUCGCCAGGCUGCUGGAGGUGAAGAGCCUCAAGCCCGGGAAGAACGCGCAGCUGUCCGAGUCGGAGAUCAAGCAGCUCUGCGCCGCCUCCAAGGAGAUCUUCCUCGCGCAGCCCAACCUCCUGGAGCUCGAGGCCCCCAUCAAAAUCUGCGGUGAUGUCCAUGGCCAAUAUUCUGAUCUCCUGAGGCUCUUUGAAUAUGGUGGAUAUCCUCCUCAGUCCAACUAUCUUUUCUUGGGCGAUUAUGUGGACCGGGGAAAGCAGAGCCUUGAGACAAUAUGCCUUCUUUUGGCAUAUAAGGUCAAGUAUCCUGAGAACUUCUUUCUUCUAAGGGGCAACCAUGAAUGUGCAUCAGUAAACCGCAUCUAUGGGUUCUAUGAUGAGUGCAAGCGCAGAUUCAGUGUAAAACUCUGGAAAACAUUUACAGACUGUUUUAACUGCUUACCGGUAUCAGCGUUGAUAGAUGAAAAGAUUCUAUGUAUGCAUGGAGGUCUUUCCCCAGAGUUGAACAAGCUGGAUCAAAUACUCAACCUCAAUCGCCCCACAGAUGUGCCUGAUACUGGGUUACUUUGUGAUCUUCUUUGGUCCGAUCCUUCGAAUGAAGCGCAAGGGUGGGCUAUGAAUGAUCGAGGUGUCUCAUAUACAUUUGGACCUGAUAAAGUGGCUGAAUUUCUUGAGAAGCAUGAUUUAGACCUCAUCUGCCGAGCCCAUCAGGUUGUUGAGGAUGGCUACGAGUUCUUUGCUGAUCGUCAGCUAGUAACAAUAUUUUCGGCACCUAAUUACUGUGGAGAAUUCGAUAAUGCUGGUGCCAUGAUGAGUGUAGACGAGACGCUGAUGUGCUCCUUCCAAAUACUCAAACCUGCAAGGAAAAUGUUGCCUGGUUCAACUAAUAACAAGUCUGGAUUCAAG